UCUUUUUCUGCCAUUUUUCUGCAGUGUUUUCCAUGUGUGGACAGACUGCGUAUGGAAUGCGAUUCCACGGCUCCUGUAUAUAAGCUGCAAAACCCGGUGCCAAGAGCCCAUGGUUUCAAACGAACUUCAACGGGUGUAAGAAGAUCUCCUCCAUACGUUCCUACUUCACCGACUAAGAAGCAGCCGAAACCGAUGCGUGCACCCCUAUCGAUGCCAGCCACUGCACUUCCUUCUAUACUACCAAUGUCGUUCCCCGUUGCCACUUUCCCACCUUUGGUUUCUUUCCCAUCGAUACCCACCCUAGCCACAAUUGCUAUGCCAACUUUUCCCGGAUUAACUAUGCCUCCAUCGUUUCAACGACUGAUGGGCAUUACCACCCCAUCACCAGUGAGGACAAACAGGGAAAACAACACUUCAAAAAGGCUUUCACCAGUCUCUUCACGUCUUCCGAAGUUUGUCAAUUCACGAGACGUUGUUGUAGUCACGCCGGAGGAAAAUGCAGACUGGAUUGUGCCUUUCUGA